AUGACGCCGUACUGUGAUUCACGCCCUUUCUGCUCCUACGUAUCCUUCACGCCCUACCUAUCCAUCGAGCCUCUCCGCCUUCAAGAGCCUAGACACCCCUGCUCACGCCCUGUCUGCUGUCUCUACCGUCAUUCACCCCGGUCGAGCUCCCUCCGGUGUCUCGGUCUCGUCAGCGCCGUCGGGAGGUCGUCCCCCUCGACCCGUCAGCGCCGUCGGGAGGUCGUCCCUCUUGCCCCGUCAGCGCCGUCGGGAGGUCGUCUCCCUUGCCCCGUCAGCGCCGUCGGGAGAUCGUCCCCCUCGCCCCGUCAGCGCCGUCGGGAGGUCGUCCUUUUUGCCCCGUCAGCGCCGUCGGGAGGUCGUCCUUCUUGCCCCCGCCAGCGCCGUCGGGAGAUCGUCCCCCUCGCCCCGUCAGCGCCGUCGGGAGGUCGUCUCCCUCGACCCGUCAGCCCCGUCGGGAGGUCGUCCUUCUUGCCCCCAUCAGCGCCGUCGGGAGGUCGUCUCCCUCGACCCGUCAGCCCCGUCGGGUGGUUGUCCUUCUUGCCCCGUCAGCGCCGUCGGGAGGUCGUCUCCCUCGCCCCGUCAGCACUGUCGGGAGGUCGUCCCCUUCGCCCCGUCAGCGCCGUCGGGAGGUCGUCCUUCGUGCCCCCGUCAGCGCCGUCGGGAGUCGUCCUUCUUGCCCCCGUCAGCGCCGUCGGGUGGUCGUCCCCCUCGCCCCAUCAGCGCCGUCGGGAAGUCGUCCCUUUUGCCCCCGUCAGCGCCGUCGGGAGGUCGUCCCCUUGCCCUCGUCAGCGCCGUCGGGAGGUCGUCUCCCUUGCCCCGUCAGCGCCGUCGGGAGGUCGUCUCCCUUGCCCCGUCAGCGCCGUCGGGAGGUCCCCCCUCGCCCCGUCAGCGCAGUCGGGAGGUCGUAAUUCUUGCCCCCGCCAGCGCCGUCGGGAGAUCGUCCCCCUCGCCCCCGUCAGCGCCGUCGGGAUGAAGUCUCCCUUGCCCCCGUCGGGAGGUCGUCCAUUUUGCCCACGUAAGCGCCGUCGGGAGGUCGUCCUUCUUGUGCCCGUCAGCGCCGUCGGGAGAUCGUCCCUCUUGCCCCCGUCAGCGCCGUCGGGAGGUCGUCCUUCUUGUCCCCGCCAGCGCCGUCGGGAGGUCGUCCCUCUUGCCCCCGUCAGCGCCGUCGGGAGGUCGUCCCUUGCCCCCGCCAGCGCCGUCGGGAGGUCGUCCCUCUUGCCCCCGUCGGCUCCAACCCGGAGGAUUUUUUAUGAGAAGUGA